GGGAGUGAGAAGAAGAGAGAAGAAAAGAGAGUGGGGCUCGCGGCGGUGACGUCACAGCGGCCGCCACCGGUCAAAACGCCGAGACAAGCGGCGACCUCUCCUCCGCCUUUCCCGCGGCCAAGUUUCUAACCCCCCCCCGCCCUCCUGGACAGGGGGGGCUUCCAGGGGCCGUGUUAAACCCCUGUCUGGGGACACGCACAAGGGGGGGAGAGAGGGCAGUUCGAAACAUUCCGGAGGGCGACGCUUUUAUUUUGAAAUCGUUGACAAAAUAUACACGCGGUUUGUUUUGAUCGCCACGAUGACGACGGAUAAUUACAACGCCAAUAAAUACACAUUCUCGUCACGAGCCAAUUAAUGAGCGGUCAUUUUCUCAACGUCGUGUGAGGUUUUUUUUUGCAACGCAGCAGCGGCAACAACGGCAGCGACGUCUCUGACCAGGGCAUUCAGAUUAAACGAAUGCAUCAUAGGGCCCUCUCAUCUCCCAUUGGCUAUGAAACGUCACAUGCGCAAACAUGCGGCCCAAGAGUUUAGCUGGGAGGAGGAUGGGCGUUCAUUGUAAAUCUGGCCUCUGCUUUAACCAUAUAUCAAAGGGUCCUCGUAAAACCGACACGGAAGAGUCUCCGUCGACAAAUCAUCAGGCCGCAUUAUGAGUUCGUCGUAUUAUGUGAACUCUCUUUUCCCCAAAUAUACCGCGGGAGCCUCGGUCUUCCAGCCCGGCGCGGGGCUGGUGGAGCCUCGGCCCGCGUGCGAAUUCUCCGCCGACUCGUUCAGCUCGGGCGCUGCCGCAGCCGCAGCAGCAGCAGCAGCGGCCGCCGCGGCCUCGUUCCCGGGCUCCGUGUCGGGGCUCUACGGACUCUAUCAGCAGGGCGGCGGCGGCGGUCCACCGGGCUCCGUCUACGGCGCGGGCUACGCGCUCGGCGGCUCGGCGCCGCUCGGGCUCGCGUGCACCGCCUACGAGCAGCCGUUCGGGCAUAGCCCCUACGGGAAGGAGGCGGCCGCGGCGGCGGCGGUGGCGGAGGCGGACGGGGAGAGGGCGCUGGCGGCCAGGAGCGACGCGGGGCUGCGCAUUUACCCGUGGAUGCGCUCCACGGCAGGUCCGGACCGGCGACGCGGCCGCCAGACCUACUCGCGCUACCAGACGCUGGAGCUGGAGAAGGAGUUCCACUUCAACCGCUACCUCACCCGCCGGCGCCGCAUCGAGAUCGCGCACGCGCUCUGCCUCACCGAGCGCCAGAUCAAGAUCUGGUUCCAGAAUCGGCGCAUGAAGUGGAAGAAGGAGCACCAGAAUCCGGCCGCGGAAGCGUCCGCUUCUGAGGAAAAGAAAGAUUAGAAAAGGGAGAUUAUUUUUUUGAGGGGGGGAGGAGGGGGGAGGGGC